AUGAGAGCCGCUACCCGUCUAUUUGCCCCGGUCUCUAAAGCCGAGCGCUUCGUCCCUAAACUGGGUAGUUAUCCCAAGGGCUACGUUGUUGGAGGAAUUCAUUGUGGAGUGAAGAAGAACAAAGAUGCGUUAGACUUGGCCAUGCUUCACAAUGUUUCUGGAAACCCUAGUGUUGCCUCGGCGGUCUUCACAACCAACAAGUUCAAAGCUGCUCCAGUGCAAAUAUCCUCCAAGUUGAUCAAGGAAAAGAACGGUCAGAUCAACUCAAUUAUCGUCAACUCAGGAAACGCCAAUGCUGUGACAGGAACCCAGGGCUUGAAAGAUGCACAGGAUAUGAUCAGGGUUACCGAUGCUGUGUUGGAAAAUAAGGAAGACUCCACACUAGUGAUGUCAACCGGUGUGAUCGGCCAAAACUUACCUAUUGACAAUAUAUUGCAAGGCAUUCCCAGAUUGGGUCUCAGCUAUUUGGGAGAUUCGCAUGACCAUUGGCUUGCUUGUGCCCAGGCUAUUUGUACCACCGAUACGUUUCCCAAGCUUGUGAGUAAGCAGUUUGAGAUCAAGGGUAAGACCUACUCAAUGGCUGGAUUGGCAAAAGGUGCCGGCAUGAUUUGUCCCAACAUGGCCACUCUUUUGGGAUUCUUUGCUACUGAUGCCCCAGUGACACAAAAUGCAUUGAAUCAAAUAGUCAAGUAUGCGGUUGAUCGGUCCUUUAACUCCAUUUCCGUCGAUGGAGACAUGUCCACAAAUGACACCAUUGUUGCCAUUGCCAAUGGUGCCGCAGGUGGCGAUUUGAUUGACGCCUCAACUGAGACUGCUGAGGAAUUCUCUCUUCUUCGUGCCGAGGUGACCGACUUUGCGCAGCAGUUGGCUAAGUUGGUUGUUCGUGAUGGCGAGGGUGCCACCAAAUUCAUCACCAUCAAGGUUACCGACGCCUUGUCGUACCGUGAGGCCAAAGAAGUGGCCUCGACAAUUGCAAACUCCUCUCUUUUCAAAACCGCCAUGUUUGGUAAUGAUGCAAACUGGGGCAGAAUCCUCUGCGCCGUUGGAUACGCUGAUGUUGGAUCCAACUCUGUCAACCCACAAAGAACGACGGUUUCUUUCAUCCCAAGCGAUGGUAGCGAGUCCCUUCCAUUGUUAGUGAACGGUGAACCCGAGCAGGUGGACGAGGCCAGAGCUAGCGAGAUCUUGAAGGAAGAGGACUUAGAGGUGCAGAUUUCAUUGGGUACUGGCGGCGGACAGGAAGCUACCUUUUGGACCUGUGAUUUGACUCACGAAUAUGUGACCAUCAACGCUGACUACCGCUCGUAG